AUGGCUGACGCAGGAACAUAUCUCCUCUGGAUAGCUGGUGAAGAGAAGGCCGGGGGAGCCGAUCUCCUAAGAAUGAACAGGAUUCCCAUCGAAGACCCAGCAACAGGCGAAAUUUUCGCCCGUUGCCAUGCUGCGUCCGAAGAAGACGUCGAGUCCACGGUCGCUGCGGCCCACGCUGCAUUCAAAUCCGGCAUCUGGUCGCGAGCAAGCCGUCACCAGCGCGCCGAUGUUCUCGAAAACUGCGCAUCCCUCCUGUCAAAUGCCCUCCCGGAACUGAUUACCCUGGAAUCAAAGCAGACGGGACGAGUGAUCAAGGAAAUGCAGGCCCAGGUCCCUUCUCUUGUGAAAUGGUUUAAAUACUACGCCUCCUUGCUCCGAGUUGAAGAGCGAUCGGUUCUUCCCACUACUGGGAAAUUGCACAAUUUCAUUGACAGGGUACCACUGGGAGUAGUAGUGCAAAUCACUCCUUUUAACCACCCGCUUCUCAUUGCGGUGAAGAAAGUGGCUCCUGCACUUGCAGCAGGGAAUAGUGUCAUUCUAAAGCCCAGCGAGCUGACACCUUUGACAUCUCUGGUGCUGGGGAAGAUUCUUUCUCAGGCUGGCGUUCCAGCUGGUGUGUUUAGUGUCUUAUCAGGAUACGGCGGGACGACGGGGAAAGCCCUUGUUUCUCACCCUUUAGUAAGAAAGGUAGACGUGACUGGAGGGACGUUAGCAGGGAGAGCGAUCGGGUCAAUCGUCGGCGGCAACCUGGCCAAGUACACUGCUGAGCUUGGAGGUAAAGCGCCCUUGGUCGUGUUUGAUGAUGCGGAUAUUGACGUUGCUGUGAAUGGAAUUGCGUUUGGAAGCUUCAUUGCGAGCGGACAGACGUGCAUUGCCAGCACGAGAAUCAUUGUGGACACGAAGAUCAAGGAUGAUUUUCUGCUGAAGUUGUUGAUGAAGGUGAGAGGGAUUACGAAAAGGAUUGGGAGCCCUCAAUAUCCAGAUUCAAUUAUGGGCCCUCUUAUAUCUGGGAAGCAGCUUCGGAAUGUUGAGCGACUUGUGGAUGGGUCUAUAAAUGACGGCAAGGCUGUACUUCUCAAUGGGGCCAAACGAAUGAUGGGAACGAGUCCUCUUGAUGGGUCAGAUCUUUCAAAGGGUUACUUUUAUGAGCCUACAAUUCUAGUGUCUCCCAAAGGCGACGAAAGCAUCACCGAAUCAUCAAUCUGGCGAGAAGAGGCAUUCGGACCAGUGAUCGUCGUUGUUGGUUUCGACACCGAGGAAAAGGCUGUGACCUUGGCGAACGACACCGAGUUCGGACUGGGAGCUAGUAUCUGGACGAAGGAUUUGUCAAGGGCGUUCAGAGUGUCUGAGCAGAUCGAGGCUGGAAUCGUGUGGGUCAACACUCACCAUCGGAACGACCCAAGCAGUCCAUGGGGAGGUGCCAAAGCUGCGAGUGGUGUUGGAAGUGAGAAUGGAAUUGACGCUUAUCAUGCGUAUACAACAACAAAAAGCACCAUUAUCAACUUCGCCGCGCCUGAGGAAUCGCUUGCUACGGAUGACUGGUUUGGAGAUGAACGCAAAGAUGUUAGAUACGGCUGA